UAUCAUCCUUCAUCUCGACAAAUUUAGCAUUUUUUGAAAUUCUAGGUCCAGUUCGCGGCCCAAACAAGAUGAAUGAGCUCUCCACAUCUAAGACUUGUCCAAGAAGCUCAGUCACUAUGUCCCAUUCUCCACAAAGAGACUUAAGGUCUCCAAGGACUACAUUCCAAUCUCCUACGAAAAAUUCCAGCUGUUUAAAAACCACCAAUCAUUCAAAAAAUAAGCAGACCACGCCAACGUCUACUAAACUAAAAGAUAGCAGCUUUAUUCCAUCAAGGAGGCAAACCAUGCGUGAUUUCUCACGUGCAUCUCAUUCCAUGAUUAGUGAAACCUCGCUCAUUCGUGAUCCGGAUGUCAAGAAGAUGGAGGACGCUCGUCUACAAUGUAUCGACAAACAUGAACGAUCUUUGACAACAGCGGUGGGUCAGAUUCAAUCACAGCUAGUCCGAGUUCUUGCGGGGAUUAAUGAGAUAAAACUACAGAAUGCUGAGGCUGUUAUUAUGCCUGCGAAUCGAGGUCCAACAGUAGAUCCUCAUCAAUACUUCUGUGACACUCUGGAAGAAUUUGCGAACUUCAAUGAUUUGCUUCGAGAUGAUCCAGAAUAUCGCAAUUUGGUGUGCGAUGGUUUAAAAACACGAAUCAACCUCAAUGCUAAACUGCAAUACAGCAUUGGAAAGAUACUCAGAAGUCUGAUGAAUAAAAAUAUUCUCGAACAUUAUACUGCAAAAAACAGAAGGAAAAGCACUGAUAAUUGAUUUACAGUUGUGGAAGUGUAUAAAAGCUUAAUUAGCAGAAGAAGCUCGAAUUCAAGGGAAGCCUGAAAUAAAGGACAAGGAAUUAAAUUCAGCUUUAAGUAGGGCUAUCAAUAAUUACAAAUCCUCCAAAAAACGUCCGAACAACGACGAUGCCAUUCAAGAUGCCAAUAGCAAUAGUGAAAACUGAGGACCUGUAGACCAG